ACGGACAGGAAGUCUCGCGCGGGCCCUUUAAAAAAGCUGAUCAGGUUUGUCGUUCCUUCAUUUCAUCAUGUCCACUCCUUCCUCCAUAGAUUCCCAACUGGCUAUAGACCUCUUUGAAAACUCAUCCCCGUCGUCUCGAAGAGGGUUCCUCUCAAACCUCGCACGGAAGUUCCAUCCUUCUGACUGGAAUCACAUGCAUACCCUGCUAGAGCAGACGGGAUUCUUUAUGGAUAUUAUCGGUACGCUCUCGAUUGAGCUCGCCUUCCAGGUGAUUCAGCACCUCGACCCGAUUGACACCAUCAGAAUCCGCCGCGUGUCGAAGCGUUACCAUGAAAUCUUCACAUCGGAGGAUGUUUGCCGUUUUCUGUCCAACAAACUUUUGCCGCUGGAGGAUGGCCCCGCCCAGCCAGAGUCAUGGAGGAUUUACUACGAGAAUAGGGUUUCUCGUCGAUGGGCAUUCCUCAAUGGCGAGUCUCACAGCGUCGAGGAGCUUGAAAAUUCCACUACGAUGGUUAUGACCUCCUUCUGUCAUAAGACUUCGCAGUUUGCGUACGUGUUUGAUAAUUUUACUAAGCUUCAGGUUGUGGACCUGUCUACAUCUCCCAUCACCGAGGUUCUUCAGCCGAUGUUCUUGCCGAAUAGAUCUCGUAUCCUGCUUAUACAAUUGCUUCCUACGCAUGUUGUCGUGGCUACUUCUAUGGGGGUUUGCUACGCUUGGAACCUGUCAACGAUGGAGUGGCAUAGCUUCAAGUUGCCCAACGCGCGCGUUAAUAGUAUCCACGGGGACGGAGACUUUGUCGCUCUAUCAGUGUUGAAGAUCCUGGUCGUCCACGAUGUGGUGAGAGAGACUUCCAAGACGUAUGAAGGGGAGCCUCUUGAGUGGCUUUGGAAUAUCCCGGGUUCGGAUAUGAGGUUCCACAGGCUACUGGUUGAUGCAGAGAGAAAAAGGGUCUGGACGCUUACGGAAUCGAUGCCUCUCGGUAAGCGAGUGGUUCACAUGUUGGAUCUUUUGACCGGGGCAACGGCGUUGAGGGAAAUGGUUUUGGAACCGCAGCCUGGGGGCGGGGCCUACAACUGGGAGUUGAGGGAAGGAUUGCCUCUGUACUCCGGGAAUGACUGCUACGACUUUGUCUUUGACUUUGAAGUUUAUAACCAGAGAGCAUGCACGGAUAAGGCGCCUAGAGCCAGCAGGCUUGUCUUUGACCUCCGGACCGGCGAAUGCUAUGAGGAUACGUUCUAUCUGGAGGCCUGCGGGAAACAGAUCCCUACGGAACAAUUUGCCCACGGGUACAACGGCUUGACCUGCUGCUACAAUCACCACUUUGCACCAGAUGGGGAAGAAGGUGAGGACGGCUUUGCGUCUUCGGAUUUCUUUGUUCCGGGGAUGGCGUAUCGCAAACCUGGGAAGGAGGAAGCUAGGUUCCGCUUUCUCGAUCGGCCGAAUUCAGUGAAGGUCGGCCAGGAUAGAGCUCCGUGGCUAUGUAAUGCUAUGACGGAGAAGUUUGUCUUGUUGGUUUCGCACUGGGAUUCGGAACUGCCGCUAUUGGUGAGGUUUAAGGGGAUUCAUGAAUGAGCAUGAGUCACUGAGCUGCUAGGGGUUGUUGAUGUCCUUCGUUUUCGCGAUUAUGUUUAGUUCGGUAAAAGUGGGGCUGGGCCAAUGUUUUUUUUGGGGGGGUGGGAGUCUAGGUUGGAGGUGGCCUGGGGCGGUUUGGUUCUUCAUUUUGUGCUGCAGUCGCCGCCGGAUUGGAGCUCUACCUUUCUUGGAGGGUUACCACUAAAAGAAAUGAUGUCCCAAAGCACUACUCCAAUCCAGGGGCUUGGAUGCUAUUCCUUUUCUUUAGCUACUUUAGCUGGAUUGAGUUUACAAGUCUUUUUUGUUGCGGAUACUAGUGGUGGGGUUUUUCCUUGGGCGCCGGUAUGGAAAGGGAGAAGCUGGGUUACGGGAUUAUGUGAAGUACGUCAGAUCUCGCUCGUAUGAAAUGUAUGACUUGCUCGGGAGCGCCUGGGGAUGUGUGCUUGGCUUAUGGAGAGAUAAUUUCCAGAAUUUGUACGAGUUUUGCGAGUGUUGCUCGCGAUUCUCAGGAUAUAUCUCUUCACCUAGGAUGAUUACUGCAACAGCCGGCGGGUGAGAGGCCGUAGUGUCUGGGAAUUGAGCCAUUGAGUGAAUUGGUUGUUCGAUGAAUAAAUUUGUAAUUUAGCUACGCACCUCAACUCGCUGUCCUAUGGUUUGGGGAGCGUGCCAUCGAUGCAAAGGGUGGCGAAGUGAGGGGAAGAGGUGCAGGCGAGUAUUGUUUUUGUCAAGCAGGCUCAGCUCGCCCCCCUGGGUUGAUAGAAUGCAAUGUAUAAAUUUUUUUCUG